UUCAGUACUUGCAUCUGCAUCUUCAGCUAUGGAUCACAAACUCCUUUCAUCCUUUACUUUUGUCCUCAUUUUUAUCAUGUACUUGUUUCGCUUUGCUUCCCCAUUUCCCUCUGCAUAUGGCCAACUUGAUUACAACUUUUAUGACAGCUCAUGCCCCCGCUUGCAAAUGAUUGUUAGAUAUGGUGUUUGGGCAGCUGUAAAUAAUGACACUAGGAUGGCUGCAUCCCUCCUUCGGUUGCACUUUCAUGAUUGUUUCGUAAAUGGCUGUGAUGCCUCAAUACUUCUUGAUGAUACAGUAGAUUCAAAGGGGGAGAAGAAUGCUUUUCCAAACCGUAAUUCUGUUAGAGGUUAUGAAGUCAUUGAUAAUAUAAAAGCAGAUGUUGAAAGAGCCUGCCCAUCAACUGUUUCAUGCGUUGAUAUAUUGACCCUAGCAGCAAGGGAAGCUGUUGUCAUGGCUGGAGGCCCUUCCUGGCCAGUUGCAUUAGGUCGUCAGGACGGAUUAACUGCUAGUAUGCAGGCAGCUAAUGAACAGUUGCCAUCACCAUUUGAGCCUCUGGAAAACAUCACUGCUAAGUUCACAUCGAAGGGUCUUGACCUUAAGGAUGUUGUCGUCUUGUCAGGAGGCCACACCAUAGGUUUUGCUCAGUGUUUUACCUUCAAGAGAAGACUUUAUGAUUUCAAAGGCUCCGGAAAGCCAGAUCCUACCCUCGAUGCUUCAGCCCUUGCAAACUUGCAAGAUCUGUGUCCAAAUAAAGACUCCUCCAACACCAUCCUUGCUCCUCUUGAUCCUGUAAGCGUUUACAAAUUCGACAAUGUGUAUUACAGCAACCUUAUCAACAAUGUAGGACUACUUGAAUCUGAUCAAGCUCUAAUGAGGGAUCCAAAAACAGCCGCAUUGGUCAAUUCUUAUAGCAGAAAUCCUUAUCUCUUCUCAAAUGAUUUUGCAACAUCAAUGAUGAAACUUGGAAACCUUGGGAUAUUAACAGGAAACAAGGGGCAAAUUAGAAAGAAAUGUGGGUCUGUGAACUAAAUUGGCACUAUAAUCUUGCCUGCUAGAUGUAAAUUUUGUACAUCUUCACAUAAUAAUAACCGUAGUUAUCUUGUACUCUUACCACCCUUAUAUAAACAAUCCAGAAUUGU